AUGACCGGAGUCACUCAAAGACAAACAGCAGAGUUAAAGAUAAUAGUUGACGAGGAUAACGCUGAGGGAUGUGAAGACUAUUUCUAUUCUGCUCCCAUUGAUAAUGCAGAUGAAACCGCGGGAUUGUCUGACAAAACCACAUGGAGUGUCAAAGGACGAUACAUACCCGAACCCAUCAAUAAACCUUUCAGUUUCGAUAUUCCCAGCACAAGCGGAACUAAAGAUGUUCCUGAAGAACCGUUAGUUGAACCUGAUGUUCCAAUCGAGAGGAAAGAACCGAAAGGUCCACUCAAGAGACAGGAUGCACCAGAAGUUCAAACUAAGGAAAGUACCAAAACCAAAAUGGAGGAUAAAACAACCACAACCCAGAAGGAGAAACCACAAGCCAGCUUCAAUGUUCACAAAUCACAGAAGGAGCUAGCUGAACAGAAAAGACUCAGAAAUCAAAGAUAUGCCUCGAAUCUGAAUGAACGGAAAAGGCAUUUGAAUUCUCAAAAUCCUAAUUAUGAGCCUUCUAGGAAAGAAUCCAUGGAUAAAGGAAAGGAAAAGUCAAAGGAAAAUUUUAGUCCAAAUUCCUUUUAUUCCAAAUCCAAAAACCGAAAGUCAAGUCUCGGUUCUCAACCCGAGUUCGGUUCUCAACCCAAGUUCGGUUCUCAACCCAGUUUCGGUCAUCAACCCAGUUUCGGUCCACGACCCAAGUUUGGUCCUAAACCCAAAUUUAGCUCUCGAUCCAGAUUCGGUCCUAAAACUAGUUUCGGUCCCAAUUCUAGACAUGGAUCCUCCAGAUCCCAAGAUGAAACAAAUUCCUUAAAGGACAUCAAAGGAAAAGGAAAGUUGUUAUCAGACUCUGAAAAUGAAAAUAAAAGAUCCUCCCCUAAACCUAGGAAUCCAAUGAAAAACACUAAACCAUCUAAAGAAACCCCAAAAGAUACAUUAAGAUUUAAAGAAGAUAAAACAAAAAUCAAGGUGUUUACCAUCAAAAGAAAGGAUCAAACGACUCUUGUUAAAAGAACUUAUUUAGUUGAUGCUUCUAUUGUUAUUCCCUUCUCUAUGAAAAACUCACCAGGUCCCAAGAAACUUUGGAAAGUUCAGAGAACAGAAGAUGCUUCAGGAGACAUCUUUCCGGAAUCUAGACAGGUCUCGGUUCCGAUAUCCAACCUGUUUGAUGAAUACAUUCGGUUAUUUGAUGAACCAGAAAAGGCAAUACAUUUGGAGGCAACAGCAGCAGACAACAGAGUAGAUAAUAUGAAGAAAGUCAUAGACGAAGCUGCCAAAUCAAUGGAAAACGAAACACUCACUCCUAAACCAUCACCCAAUACCUUACACACCGAUUCAACAUUCCAGGGGGAGAACUCUACCACUUUCAAACCAUCUGAAGUUCCUGUUGAGGGGGAGAAUCCCAAUUCCUCCCCAAUAUCUACUAGUUCAACUAAUACUCAAACAAAUGAACCAAAAUCAACAUGUGAUACUCCAAUCGAGGGGGAGAUACCCUCUGCCGAUUCUGCUGAAAACAAAGACUUCACUUCGCCAGUCGAGGGGGAGAAGGAGAAAACAAGUGACAGUUCUACUGAAGAAGGUGAAAGGGAUCAGUCAGAUGUUGAAGUUGAAGUUGAAGCAGAACUAAAUCCAGAAUAUGAUCCACUCUAUCCUCCGCUAACAAAAUGGACAAAAGACCAUCCCAAAGAGCAAAUUAUUGGUGAAUCCUCAUAA